ACAACUUAAUAUAUCAUUAGCUGCAUACACAUACUGGGCAACAUCACAGACAGUACAUGUAAUCAGAAGCUCUCCUAUGUCAGUUCCAAGUAUUCCUGAGAAUUGUAGAUACUUUACCACGGUGAAUAAAGAUAUUUAUAAAGAACAUAUUGAUAUCUUUGCUGAUAUCCGAUGGGAGACACCUACUGUUAUCAAUGGUUUGCUGCUUGGUUAUCAUAUCUAUGUGUCAUUACCAGUUAAUGAUACAAUUAUUUGGUACAACAUGACGGUUGGCAGUGAUGUUAAUAGAUACAUCUUACCUAAUCUAACUGAAAACAGUAUUUACAAUGUGCAGAUUGAUGCAUUUACUGCCAUUGGUAAUGGUGAGUCUUCUCAGGUUAUGAUUAUUGACACACAAGUUGAAAAGCCAGCUCCUAAAUUACUAGUUGUUGAAAAUGAUGGCAUAAUGGAACAAGAUGUAGAUAGUGGAAAUACAAAUAUUAUAUCAUCAACAGAAGAAGUAUUAUUUGUUGGAUAUAUUUUCCAUAGUUCUCAACUGUUAUGGGUGGAUGCAGACACAGUUUACCUUGAUAGCAAACAGUUGGUGAGUGGAUUAUCUGUGCCACAAGGCUUUGCUGUAGAUUGGAUUGGACAAGCAAUAUACUGGACACAGAAUGACAAUACUGGGGGCAGCAUUCAUUAUUAUAAUCUCAAUAGUAUUGAACAAAUUAAAACAACAGAAAUUGUAAAAACUGUUGUUGAUGUGGGACAAAUUGUUGUGGAUCCAUAUCACAGUACAAUAUUGUGGAUAGAAGAGACAGAAAUAAGUGUUCAACUCAUGAAAUCAGGUCUUCACGGAGAACGACCUGCUGUAGCUUCAAAUGGACGAAGACACAGAGACUUAUCAGAACAUUGUAAUUGCCAAGCUAAUAUAACUAUAGGUCAUGUGUUUACCAUUGACCAAUCAGAUGCUAAUAAUCCAUGGUUAUAUUGGUCAGAUGGAAAUGAGGGUCAUUUGUGGAGGUCAGAUACAGCCAUCUGUCAAUGUCAAAAACUGUUUGAUGUAAAUAGUCAUCCUAAAUCUGGACUUCCACCAGAUUCUCUGACUGUUGAUCAUCAAUCUGUAUAUUGGACUAAUGACAUACAAGGACUUUUGAAUAGUGUGGACAAAGAUAGUGGUGACAAUUUCCAAUCCCAUGAUGCAACAGGAAUUUCUGUGGUUCUGGCAUAUGGCAGUAAUCUACAACCAAUGCCAGAUCUAUCAUGUUUGAGCCCAGAACCUUAUAACAAUUCUAUAAUAAAUGUGUGGUCAGGUCGCUAUGAAUUGACAUUGUCAUUGAUACCAACAAGAUGGCCAGCAGAAUGUGUUGGAUUGAGUAAAGCUACACUUGUAUAUACACUUUAUUAUGCACCUGUUGAUAGUGCUACUACUAGUAUGACUUGUGAUAAUGGCCUCAGUUGUAAAACAAAAGAAUCAGAGGAUACCAACAUCACUAUAAGUGAUCUCCAGCCUUAUACUUAUUAUGUAGUGCAGGUAGCUGUCAGCAAUAUCUAUACACAAACCUCACAACAACUUAGUAAACAUUACAUGUAUGCAACUCAACCAGGAGCUGGACUUCCUGAUAUUCCUGAAAUUCCUUAUUUUAAAGAAUAUGCUAAUGGUAUAUGGCAAGUAGAAUGGAUGGAACCAGAAAACAAUGGCGCUGAGAUACUGAACUAUGACUUACAGUAUUUAAGAAUGUCACAAGAGUACAAUAUAACUUCUAAUUGGACCACGGCCUACAAUGAAACUGAUGCAUUCUGGGUAAUAUCUGACCUUGAAGCUAGUUCAUCUUAUAAAUUCCGUGUGUGUGCCAUCAAUGAAAUUGGACAAAGUGAUUUCAGUGGACUCAAGAUGCCUACUAAAGGUGAUUCAUAUGAAUUGAUUAUAAUUAUAGCUGCUGCUGUUGUGGCAUUGGUUAUUAUUGUUAUCAUCUUAUUAAUAUGUCUUGCUGUAAAGAAAAGAAAAGAAAAACAGACUCAGCUUGAUGGUGAAGUAGUUAUACACUUUGAUCCUGAUCAAGAAUUAGCUACACUGAGAGCUUAUCCUAAUAAUACAAUACGACAGAGUAAUUGGAAUUAUGGAAAUCUUGACUUAAAUGUAGAGUUGCCACUUUUUCCAAGAGAGAGACUAAAGCUUGUUACUUUUCUUGGAAGUGGUGCAUUUGGUGAAGUAUUUGAAGGCUUGGCAUUGGAUAUUAUGGGUGACAACUCAGGUGAAACAAAAGUUGCCGUAAAGACAUUAAGAAAAGGUGCUACUGAUCAAGAAAAGGAAGAAUUCUUAAAAGAAGCCCAAUUAAUGAG